UCAGAUUGGCUAACAUGAUCACGUUCCGUUUAUUCCUGGCUUCUAUUGGCUGUAGGGUGUGUCAGUAAAAAAGUACAACCGUUGCUACGUGUUUUGUUGACAUCCGUUAUUAAACACAACACUGAAGUUUUUUUAUUCGGUGGAUUCGGUUUUUCAAAUGGCUUCAAAUUACCGGAAACCAGCUUCCUCUGCGGGUCAAAGGAAAAAAACAAACUCCAAAACUGAACUGACCGAGGAGCAGAGGCAGGAGAUAAAAGAAGCUUUUGAUCUGUUUGACACAGAUGGAACUGGGACGAUAGACGUAAAAGAACUCAAGGUUGCCAUGAGAGCCCUGGGCUUUGAACCUAAAAAAGAGGAAAUCAGGAAGAUGGUUGCAGAUUUUGUUAAAGACGGUUCUGGAACUAUUGAUUUUGACGACUUUCUCAGUAUGAUGACCCAGAAAAUGAAUGAUAAGGAUACCAAAGAGGAAAUAAUGAAGGCUUUCCGGCUCUUCGAUGAUGACUGCACAGGGAAAAUUUCUUUCAAAAAUCUCAAAAGAGUUGCGAAGGAGCUGGGAGAAAACCUCACUGAUGAAGAGCUGCAGGAAAUGAUCGAUGAAGCCGACCAGGAUGGUGACGGAGAAGUCAGCGAGCAGGAGUUCCUACGGAUAAUGAAGAAGACCAAUCUCUACUGAAGCUUCUGAGUGUUACCGGUUAAAAACUGAGCCUUUUCAGGAUUCACAUCUGAUCUAGUCCAAACAGUUUUUACUCUGGCUUUUCUGGGACUAAGAUAUGCUUUCUUUGUAAAUAAGUAUUUUAUUAUACUGUAUCUUUGUAGAGACUUUUCUUUUCUACAAGACAAAUAAAAGUAUUUCAUGAGUUAA